AUGGGCAUCUCACUCAGUACCGCCCGCUAUCUAGCACCAGCGUCAUUCAUUUACGAUUUCGCGGCGCAGCAAUAUGGAAUCAACAGUACUCCUAGCAUGAAAGAGAUCCACGAUCGGAAUCUUUCAUUCUUCAGUCCACAGCCUUAUUUCAUCGCUGGCUUCUUCUUUCCUCAACAGUUCUUUCAACUGGCAUGGCUGUACAAGCUCUGGAAACUCGAUGCCAAAAACCCAAAGGAGAAGAAAGAGCUGGAUGAGAUUGUCCGAUUCGUACCUUACUAUGCUCUCGGAAACGUCUGCAUAGGAACGUGGAUGUUCUUCUGGAAUUCCGAACAGCUCAAAACAGCCAACAUCUUCGUGUUUAUCAACACCCUUGCUCAGCUCUACUACGUCUUCACGCAGCUAGCUCCCAUGAACACAAAGUCCUGGCCCAGCAUCCUGACACACGUCGUCAGCAAGACAUUCGCGGGGAUCGGCGUCUUGGACAUUCUCCACAAUACUUCCGUGGGGUGGUUUCUAAACGAGACUCCCAGCACGGCGGUCAAGGUCUUGACGGGGUUGGGUUUCGCGGGAUUGRGUGCUUGUAGCGAUUGGAUCUUUGGAGGUUGCUUGGUGUAUGACUUGGUCGGCAUUGCGGUCGGGCAAGCUUCGUACUCUAGUGAUGCGGGCUGGCCGAAACUCUUGGGUGCUUAUGCCGUGGGCAGUGCGGCGAUUGUCGCGGCGAAGAACUAUGUGAGGUGA